AUGUCCAACAACAUUCUCACUGGUUUGAUCCCCUCAUCCUUGGGAAAAUUAAAGUUGCUUGAAUCGUUGGACCUUUCACAGAACAAAUUCUCAGGGAAGAUCCCUCGACAACUGACACAGAUUACAUUCCUUGCAAAACUCGAUGUCUCUCAUAACAAUCUCAGUGGUCCUAUUCCUCGUGGAACCCAGUUUGCUACAUUUGAGAGUACUUCAUAUGAAGGAAACCUGGGGUUGUGUGGAGAUCCAUUGCCAAAGAAAUGUGGCAAUGAAGCUCCUCAAUUGCUACCUUCAACAGAAGAAGAAAAUGGUUCUGAUUUUGGAACUGAAUUGGAUUGGAUAUUUGUUCUGGCAGGAUCUUUAACUGUUAUUUAA